AUGCCGAAAGUCCACCUCCUCGACUAUGUCGCCGGCAACGUGCGGUCCCUCGUCAACGCGAUAGAGAAAUCAGGGUAUACCGUAGAAUGGGUCAGAACACCAGACGAGGUCGCCAACGCAGAGAAGCUUAUCCUGCCGGGCGUGGGGCACUUCGGUCACUGCAUGAGCCAACUGGCCUCCGCGGGCUACCUACCAGCCGUAAGAGCGCAUAUUGAUGCCGGUAAGCCUUUCAUGGCGAUAUGUGUUGGCAUACAGGCCCUGUUCGAGGGCUCUUCAGAGGAUCCGGGUGUGCCCGGACUGGGGCUUAUAAAAGGGGAACUGGACCGGUUCAACGAUGCAAAGAAGUCGGUUCCGCACAUUGGCUGGAACAACGCCAAUGCCUCGAGCAAGAGCUUGUAUGACCUGCGGCCCGAAAGCAAAUACUACUACGUACACUCCUACAAAUACCCGUACGUCGAGGGAGAGCUGGAGAGCCAGGGGUGGACCGUGGCGACGGGCACAUACGGUGACGAAGUCUUCGUCGGCGCUGUGGCGAAGGACAACAUACUGGCCACGCAAUUCCAUCCCGAGAAGAGCGGCGUGGCGGGCCUGAGGCUUUUAAGAUCCUUCCUCACCGGCGACGGCAGGACCACAUUAGGACAACAGACACGCGGGCCUGCGCCCACGGGUAAUCUCACGAGGCGAGUCAUCGCUUGUCUCGACGUGCGGACGAACGACCAGGGCGACUUGGUCGUAACCAAGGGCGACCAAUACGAUGUGCGGGAGAAGGGCAGCGACCGCGAAGUGCGGAACCUGGGCAAGCCGGUCGAGAUGGCCAAGAAGUACUACGAGCAGGGCGCCGACGAGGUGACUUUCCUCAACAUCACCAGCUUCCGCGACUGUCCCCUGGCGGACCUACCGAUGCUGGAAAUCCUGCGGAGGACGUCGGAGACGGUCUUCGUGCCGCUGACGAUCGGGGGCGGCAUCCGCAACACGGUCGACACGGACGGAACCAAGGUGGGCGCGCUCGAGAUCGCCACCAUGUACUUCAAGAGCGGCGCCGACAAGGUGUCGAUCGGGUCCGAUGCCGUGCUGGCCGCCGAGGAGUACUACGGCGCGGGGCGCAAGCUCUUCGGCAACACGGCCAUCGAACAGAUCUCGCGCGCCUACGGGAACCAGGCCGUCGUCGUCAGCGUCGACCCCAAGCGCGUGUACGUGCCCAAGGCCGCCGCGACACGCCACAACACGAUACCGACCUCCUUCCCCGGGCCCAAGGGGGAGGAGUAUUGCUGGUACGCGUGCACCAUCAAGGGCGGGCGCGAGACGCGUGACAUGGACGUCGUGGAGCUGGCGCAGGCGGUCGAGGCUAUGGGCGCCGGCGAGAUCCUGCUCAACUGCAUCGACCGCGACGGCACCAGCAGCGGCUUCGACCUCGAGCUCGUGCGCCAGGUCAAGGCCGCCGUGCGCAUACCCGUCAUCGCGUCCAGCGGCGCCGGCAACCCGGCACACUUCGAGGAUGUCUUCCGCAAGACCACGACGGAUGCCGCGCUCGGGGCCGGCAUCUUCCACCGGGGCGAGUACACUGUACAACAGGUCAAGGACCACCUAGCCGAGAAAGGAUUGGAGGUGCGCAAGUACGAGGGGCAUCUAUGA